UUUUUCAUUAUUUUUUUGUAGAUUAUUAUCAUUUACAAUAGGAAUAAUUUUUAUUAUAAAUGAUUAUUCAAUUUUUAUUGAAUGAGAAGUUGUAUCUUUAAAUUCUAUAAUAAUUGUAAUAACUAUUUUAUUAGAUUGAAUAAGAUUAAUUUUUAUAUCUUUUGUUUUAAUAAUUUCUUCUUUAGUAAUUUUUUAUAGAAAAGAAUAUAUAGAAAGUGAUUAUAAAAUUAAUCGAUUUAUUAUAUUAGUAUUAAUAUUUGUUACUUCUAUAAUAUUAUUAAUUAUUAGUCCAAAUUUAAUUAGAAUUUUAUUAGGGUGAGAUGGGUUAGGAUUAGUAUCUUAUUGUUUAGUAAUUUAUUUUCAAAAUGUAAAAUCAUAUAAUGCUGGGAUGUUGACUGCUUUAUCAAAUCGAAUUGGUGAUGUAGCUUUAUUAUUAGCAAUUGCAUGAAUAUUAAAUUAUGGGAGUUGAAAUUAUAUUUUUUAUUUAGAAGUAAUAAAAUCUAAUUUUGAUAUAAUAAUUAUUAUAAGUUUAGUAAUAUUAGCUGCUAUAACUAAAAGAGCUCAAAUUCCAUUUUCUUCUUGAUUGCCAGCUGCUAUAGCUGCUCCAACUCCUGUUUCAGCUUUGGUUCAUUCUUCUACUUUAGUUACAGCAGGAGUAUAUUUAUUGAUUCGGUUUAAUAUUUUAUUAAGAAAUACUUGAAUAGGAAAUUUAUUAUUAUUGUUAUCAGGUUUAACAAUAUUUAUAGCUGGAUUAGGAGCUAAUUAUGAAUUUGAUUUAAAGAAAAUUAUUGCUUUAUCAACUUUAAGACAAUUAGGUUUAAUAAUGAGAAUUUUAUCUAUAGGUUUUUAUAAAUUAGCAUUUUUUCAUUUAUUAACUCAUGCUUUAUUUAAAGCUUUAUUAUUCAUAUGUGCGGGAGCAAUUAUUCAUAACAUGAAUAAUACUCAAGAUAUUCGUUUAAUAGGAAGUUUAUCAAUAAUAAUACCUUUAACAUCUUCUUGUUUUAAUGUAGCUAAUUUAGCUUUAUGUGGAAUACCUUUUUUAGCUGGAUUUUAUUCAAAAGAUUUAAUUUUAGAAAUAGUAUCUUUUUCUUAUAUUAAUCUUUUUUCUUUUUUCUUAUUUUUUUUUUCUACUGGAUUAACAGUAUGUUAUUCUUUUCGAUUGGUAUUUUAUACAAUAACUGGAGAUUCAAAUUUUUCUUCUUUAAAUAUAUUAAAUGAUGAAGGUUGAGUUAUAUUAAAAAGUAUAAUAGGUUUAUUAAUUUUAAGAAUUUUUGGGGGGAGUAUAUUAAGAUGAUUAAUUU